AAGUUUUCAUAUUGAACUACGAUUGACACUUCACGAGUAAUAUGCGCAUUAAUGAAUUUAACUAAACUAAAACUUCAUUGAGAGAAAUAAAAUGAAGCUGUGUGAAAAAAGCUUAAAUAAGUGUAUUAUAUGUUAUAUAAUUCUGACAUGGAUUGGAGGAAAGCGCGAUACGGUGUCGCAUCGCGAAGUUGAAUUUACAAACGAGUUUUUCUUCAUAAUCGAGGGUUCUAUGGCAGAGGAAGUUAAAGUAUUAUUGAAAGAAAACAAUUUCGAUUUCCAGGUGCAGGUUGUUGACGAUGUUUCAACGUUACAUAUGAAAAGGAUAGUAAAGGUAUUUGAGGAAACAGAAUUACAAUUGCUGAACAAGAGCUUUCAUGGAUGGUUAAGGAUAUUCAACAAUGCAGAAUUAUGCAUAAUGCAGAAUUACUGUAAAAAAUAGCCCUAUGGACUGAUUCGAGGUUGAUUACACGAGCGAAGAUGCCCAAACAGCAAAAACUAAAAGAGGCGGAACAGACCAACAGAACGUGUCGAGGAAGAACCGUACUGGGAUGAAGGUGAAGGAAUUGAUGAAACGUGGAAAUCGGGAAUAACCGGAGAAGGCAUUACCGUGGCUAUUCUUGAUAUUGGUUUUACCGUUGACCACCCCGAACUGCAGCCGAAUAUUAACAAAAGUCUAACCUUCAACGUCGUUACUAAUGAUGAGGACGUGUCUGCAGUUCUGUUCCAUAAUUACAUUGAAGAAACAAUCCAUAAAACAAAUCACGGAAACGACUGUGCAAGUGUCGUCGCAGCGGUAAAAGAGAACAACAUGUGUAGUGCAGGCGUGGCUUACAAUUCCAAAAUAGCUGCGCUGUCAAUCGGUUCGUUUACAAAAAGAAUGCCAUUGAAGACAAUAAUAUCAACCGCUGGCAUGUGCAAAGGCCUUGCUUAUCAGCAGAGUAAAAUUGAUAUUUAUUCGUCAAGCUGGACAUUCAGUUCACCAUUUGAAGAAAUGGAUAUUGGAUCCGAAAGAACAAUAAUCGCUGGAAUUACAAAGGGUCGGCAGAGAAAAGGCAAUGUGUACGUUUCUGCAGUAGGCCCUGUGGGAAAUGGGUUUACAAACAGUUAUUUCAUUAUCGCAGUCAACCAGAUUGGCGUAAAAGGAACAGUUUCCAAGAACAGCUAUGCUAAUCCAGGGAUUCUGAUAUCUUCCUUUGGAAAGGGCAAAACGCGUGCUGAUGAUUACAUGUUAACUGCAUCCCAGAGGUACGAUUCGGGAAUACUAUGCAAUGCAAAGUUUCAAAGGUCAUCUGCGGCAACCCCUAAGAUUGCUGGAAUAGUCGCGCUCAUUCUUCAAAGCCGUCCUGACCUAACAUGGAGACAAAUCCAGCAUCUUAUCGUUCGAUGUUCUAACCACACAAACCUAAAAGAGUCUAUCAACUUCAAGCGCAAUGGUGCCGGGCUCUACUAUCAUCGGCAUUUUGGAUUUGGAUAUCUGAACGUGGCUAAGUGUAUAGAACUAUCAGACGACGUAAAAAGCAUUUCACAGAAGAUGCCAGGCAUAGCUACAUUUCUAUGCGAUUGGAAAGGUCAGAGAAAUUCAUCAGUCGCAUAUUUUGAGGCAACAGUGGAUUCAUUGAACGAAACAGUGGAGCGUGUUACAACCACAAUACAUAAAUCAUUGUUACAACACAUUUCAAAAGCUGUAUUAUAUUCUCCCAUGGGCACCUCGUCUGUCCUCAUUGAUGGUUCAGAGUGGACAAAAGAUGUUCAUAGUCCAUUGAAGGGCAAUGCAAUUACUUCGACACAUUUUUGGGGUGAACGUACAGCUGGAAGAUGGACAUUAAGCUUAAACGGAAGGUUUCACAAUGUAAAAGAUGACUCUGUGAGCCUUACAUUCACUGGUACAUUUGUGACACCAAAGGAAGACAAAGAAGAUGAAAACACUCGAAAUUCCGAUUUUGUGUUCAUUAGUAUUGCAUUAACAUUGGCGGUUCUACUUCUCGUUCAUGCCGUGAUUUGGAGGGGCUACCUUUAUGCAAAUAGGAAUUAAAUCAAGACAAUCAAUGGAAACAGUCAUUACUAACAAUUUAUCGCACAAACAAAAUUACAUAAAAGAUAAACAUACCAAUUUUGUUAUAUAGUAUUUUUUAAAUAUAAUUUAUAUAUCACUGGACGUAAGGCUAUCUUUAACAGGAAUUUUACUAUGUUUUACUGUGCCAUCUUUUGUUAAUGAGAGUAAAAACAAUUGUAAACAGUCAUGAUAUGAAUGUUUAAUAUUUCAAAGCAGUUGUGUGUGAGAUUGAUGCUUUAAAGCUGAAUGAUCUUAGCAAGUUUUAACAUUAUAUGUUAUUUAAGCGUACCUGGCCACGCUUAAUCUUGUAAAAUAUUACUUAUUCUCUUAUGGGAUUCUGCUUACGAACAUUCUUAUUAUGAUUAAAAAAGGCCAAGUGAAUUUGCAAUUUGCAAUCUAUUCAGAUCUGUCAUUGUGUAAACAUACCAUCUAUGGAUAGCAUGUUGUUUACAUUACAUUCCUAACCAUACAUCCUGAUUAUUAUUAGCAAUUAUACAUUUUACAGGUUAAUUUACAUCACUAUGUGUUAUUCAUGUACCUUGCUACCUAUUAACACAUUUACUUUGUUAAAAAGGUCAAAUAAAACUGUUGGAAAUAUA